AUGGCUUCUGCCAGCUUUGACUAUCUGCCAGACAGCAUGUCGACCACGUCUGACGCGGAGAAAGCAGAAAAACCAGCAUCUGUGGAUACGGCUUCAAUCCAUAAGAAAGAGGACGUUGGCGUUGAUGAGAGACGCUUUUCAGUAUCUGGCGCAGGCAACCUGUCUCUUGACGAUGUCGCCGCCGUGGACGUCCGGAUUCGAGACCUUUCCGUGUCGGUCAACACAGCGCCGUCGUGGCUCGAACCGGCUACAUACCAGGACUUGUUCCAUGCCAAGUUCAACACCACGCCGCGUAUUAAGCAUCUUCUCGAAUCUGUUGCUGCGCAUCUACAACCGGGAACGCUAACAGCCAUCAUCGGCGGAAGUGGUUCCGGAAAGACGACGCUGCUCAACACCAUGGCCGAGCGCAUCAUCAGCCCAAGACUAACUCAGAAGGGCCAUGUGGUGUUUAACAGUCAGACAGGCGUCCAUAACAUUCGCCACGCCUACGUCAUGCAGCAGGACACUCUACUCCCGACCUUGACGGUGCGAGAGACUCUCCAUUAUUCUGCGGCGCUACGGCUUCCCUCGACCACGUCUGCUGAGGAUCGACAUCGUGUUGUUGAAGAGGUCAUUCGCGAACUGGGACUCAAGGAAUGCGCAAAUACCAGAAUUGGCAACAGUCAACACCGUGGGUGCUCUGGAGGAGAGAAGAGACGGGUCAGCAUUGGUGUGCAACUCCUCGCUAAUCCCUCUGUUCUAUUCUUGGAUGAACCGACGACCGGACUUGAUGCUACAAGCGCCUUUCAACUUGUGCGGACUCUAAAGGCCCUUGCUCAAAAAGGCCGAACAGUGAUUACAACCAUUCACCAACCUCGCUCUGAGAUUUGGAACCUGUUUGACAACUUGGUGGUAUUGUCCAAGGGUGGUCCGGUAUACGCAGGUCCUAUCCCGGACUGUCUUCCCUGGUUCAAGGGCCAGGGGUUCCCGUUGCCGCCUUUCGUCAACCCCGCCGAGUUUAUCAUUGACAUUGCAGCUGUAGAUAACCGGACUCCCGAGCUUGAAGCUGAUACUAGUGCCAGAGUUCGUGACCUCAAGGCAGCCUGGGCAGAAGAGAGCGCCAAACGCUACCCGCCACUCCUCCAAGUUGUCGACAACAAGAACCGUAAACAAAGCUCAAUUGCGAAAACCCAUGCGAGCUUCUUCCGCCAACUGCAAGUCUUGACGGACCGUACCCUCAAGGUGACGUACCGUGACCCGUUGGGCAUGGCAGCUGCAAUAAUCGAAGCAGUGCUCAUGGGGAUUGUUACGGGGUACAUUUUCUUCGAUCUCGGCCGUGACCAGGCCGGAAUUCGAUCUAGGGAGGGAGGUCUCUAUACGGCGGCCGGUCUGCAGGGAUAUUUGAUACUUCUCUUCGAGGUGUACCGCAUGACCAUCGACAUCCCAAUAUUCGACAGAGAGUCAUCAGACAAUUGUGUCGACUCCUUGCCAUAUGUUCUCUCGAGGCGACUGGCCAGACUGCCCACCGAGGAUCUUCCGGUGCCGUUUCUCUUUUCCGUGCUGGUAUACUUCAUGGCUGGAUUUGAGCGGACAGUGAGCAAGUUCUUUGUAUUCUUUGCAAUCACCCUUGCCAACCACUUUGUGUCUGUUUGUUGUGCAAUGACCUGCGUCGUGGCAGUCAGACACUUUGCCGGCGCGAGUCUGAUUGCUAAUCUUGCCUACACGAUUCAAAGUAUUGCUUGUGGAAUGUUUGUUCAGGUGAACACCAUGCCCGUCUAUGUCAGAUGGAUCAAGUGGAUAGCCUACAAUUUCUACGCUUUCAGCGCAUACGCAGGAAACGAAUUUGAGGGCAAUUUCUAUGACUGCCCCCUCCCAGGGGGUCAAUCGAACCCAGCUUGUAACCAGUACAGCGGUGACUAUGUGAUGGCAUCGCUUGGGUUCCCUGGCCACUGGGUAGCUCGACCCAUCAUCAUUCUCACGUCCUUUAUAGUCUUCUUUAUCAGCCUAUCCGUCUUCGGACUGCACUUCCGAAAAGUCGAAAUCACUAUUGCCCGCGCACGUUCACCAGACACGGACUUGUCCGCCGGCAAAGAGAAAAUGACAGCCCAGUCUAUUUCAGAAGUCCGAGCCAUUGACCUGGGCCUCGACAGCUUUGCCCUGAGCCUCGACAAGAGAAACAUGUACGGCAAGAAGCUACCCCGAAGGACAAUCUUAAAUCCGGUCUCAACCACGUUCAAGGCAGGCGUGUUGAACGUCAUCAUGGGUCCAUCGGGAAGUGGCAAGACAUCGCUUCUCAACGCCAUGGCGCUGCGACUGCGAAACUCGGUCGGAACCAAAUACCGGCCGUCUGGAAGAUUGACCUUCAACAGCGCCGUGCCUUCCGACUCGGUCAUUCGAUCAGUCUGUUCCUACGUCUGCCAAGAUGAUGACGCUCUGCUUCCGUCCCUGACGGUACGCGAGACCUUGCGAUUUGCUGCCGGACUCCGGCUCCCUUCGUUUAUGAGCACCGAGGAGAAAUACCGUUGCGCCGAAGACGUGCUUAUGAAAAUGGGCCUCAAGGACUGCGCCAACGAUUUGAUUGGCAGCGACAUGAUCAAGGGCAUUUCAGGCGGUGAAAAGCGCCGUGUCUCCAUUGCUGUACAAGUUCUCACGGAUCCUCGAAUUUUGCUUCUCGACGAGCCAACUUCUGGCUUGGACGCUUUUACCGCAAGUUCCAUCAUGGAAGUGCUGCAAGGGUUGGCGAACGAGGGGCGGACGCUCAUCUUGACUAUACAUCAAGCCCGAUCGGAUCUAUUCAAACACUUUGGGAAUGUGCUUCUUCUUGCGAGGGGAGGGUUCCCGGUAUAUGCGGGCCCCGCGAAGCAAAUGCUGGGAUACUUUGGCAAACAUGGAUACGAUUGCCCCCAGCACACGAAUCCGGCCGACUUUGCGCUCGAUAUGAUUACUAUAGAUCUUCAACAAGAUGAUCGCGAAGCAGAGAGUCGGGCGCGAGUACAGACGUUAAUAGAACACUGGGGCACUGGUGGACCGGAUGAACUGGACAGCACGGUGAACCGGCGGUUAUCUGAAAUCCAAGAGGCAGAUGAGCCAAGUGAGAAGCCAUCCGAGCUUCCCGUCCAGAAUGUGAAUGGCGAAGAGAAAAAGCCAACGACGAAAAGUAUCUUGGCCACCGCGGGAGAGGGCCAAACAUCUAGUGGCUCGCAGGCACCACCGACUCGACGGUCUUUCAACAAGGCCAAGGUAUCUACGCCUGCGGAAUUAGGAGCCCUCGUGCGCAAACGUGCAUCAAUCUUCAUAGCACUGCCACUUCUGCUUCGGCGAGCCGUCAUCAACACUCGCAGACAGCCGCAGCUCAUCAUGGCACGCACCAUGCAGGUUGUCGGGCUCGCAGCCGUCUUCACGCUCUUCUUUGCACCGGUAGGCAACGAUUACUACGCCAUUCAAAACCGCAUGGGCUUCGUCCAGCAGAUAGGAGCAUUUUACUUUGUCGGCAUGCUGCAAAAUGUCGCCGUGUAUCCGAAUGAGCGAGACGUCUUUUACCGCGAGGAUGACGACGGCGUGUAUAGCGUCGAGGCCUUCCUCGCCUCAUACACAUUAAUCGAAGUGCCCUUCGAAAUCAUCAGCUGUCUUCUAUUUGGCGUCUUGGGCGCCUUUGCAAUUGGACUUCCGAGAACAGUUACCAUGUACUUCGUCUGCGUCUUCGCCUGCUUCGGCGUGGUGUCUUGUGGAGAGAGCCUGGGAGUCAUGUUCAAUACCCUUUUCGCUCAUACAGGCUUCGCGGUCAACAUCAUGGGCAUCUUGCUCUCUGUGGCAAACUCCAUGUCCGGAGUGCUUUCCAUCAACAUGCCGGACUUGUUCAAGGCGGUCAAUUACCUGUCCCCCAUUCGGUACGCGACCCGGUCCGUCGCUCCGUACUCGUUGCGAGAUAUCAAAUUUACAUGCAAUAGUGCGCAGCGGCUUCCAGACGGAAGCUGUCCCAUUGAGACGGGUGAAGAGGUGCUGGAUUUGUACAACUUUAAUGUCGACCCUGUUGUCAAUGUUGCGUGUAUGGCGGCGUGUAUUGUGGCAUACAGGCUCACAGCUUGGGCACUGUUGAAACUUAUGAGGGCGCGCUGGGCGGAUAGAAAGAGGCGAGAGAGCAGUGAAAUUAAACCGUGA